AUGGAGUUCACGGACGAAUUUGGCCAAUGUCUCGUUUGCGGGGAUCGCUCGGCGGGAAAGCAUUAUGGAGUGAUGGCUUGUUAUGGUUGCAAGGGGUUUUUUCGGCGAACGAUUCGCUCAGCACAGACGUACACGUGCCGUUUCCAACAAAAGUGCAGCAUCGAUAAAGAUCAACGAAACGCUUGCCGUUUCUGCCGAUUCCAACGGUGUUUGCAAGUGGGAAUGGAGCCUGAUGCAAUUCGACCCGACCGAGAUAUCAUCGGGAAACAGAAAAAUCCCCGACGAAAGAAGAUUUUGAAAAGACAAGACUCGUCCCUGUCCAUCUCAUAUCCGCAAACACCUGAGAUGCCCGUCGAGGACUCACUAAUCUCAAUUCUGAUCGAUAUCGAGUUGCGGGCAUCGGCGGGCCAGCUCAACAACGAAAAUAUCGGGUUCACCAGGGUGAAAGCGGAUCCUGACGUCGACUUGGCGUCGCUUUUUGUCAACGCUCAUCUCUACAUCGAUGACAUGUUUGAGAUCAGCUAUGGUCCGGGCAGAGUCGCGUCGACGGAGGAGUUGAAGGCUGCAUUCAAGCGAAAAGUUUUCUCGUGUAUUCACUGGAUCGAUGCCUUGUUCAGCCUUGCCGGCGUUUCCAGCAUCCGGGAAAAGGUAUGCGUGCUAAAAAGCGUCUUCGCUCAGUAUUGUCUUUUCGCGCAAGCCGCCCGGACAGCCCAGAUCUCAAUCGAUCCGAACACGUUUUUCCUGUGCAAUCGCGCGAUUUUACCGCGCGUCCCACCGAGGGAUCUCAUUGAAACCAACCUCCUGGCGAACAACAUGAUCGCAAGAGUUCUGGAUGAGCUGGUCUUGCCAACAAGGAGGAUUCAUUUAAGCGAAUGUGAAGCCGUUGCACUCACAGCGAUGAUUAUUUUGAAUCCAGAAGCGCCAGGCCUCUCGCCUCGCACGAUGUCCGAGUUGUCGCUGCUGAGAGAUCGAGUACAGACGGCUCUUUUCCAAACGAUACGCGAACGUCUUCAACCCGAGCACACCGUGCAAGCGGUCACGAGCCGAUUCGGCAAUUUGCUGCUCUUGUUGCCGCCACUAGCUCGUGUUUCCACAUUGUUCGCUGAGAAUGUUCACUUCGCUCGCAUGUUUGGCACUCAAAUUGUUGAUCCGAUCCUCGUCGAGGUCUUCAGUGAUGAACAUGGCAUGCAGAGAAGCGACAUU